AUGAGCCUCCACCAAGAUUACUCCACUUCCUCGGAAUUCCCACCGUCACAGAUAACUGCACCUAUAGAUGUCGGAUCACAUAUCGUUCACCGGGAUGGGUUGGUCAAGGAGCUCAUCGCUCGAAUGAAGGCAUUUCAUAUUGUUCGAGUGAGGGGGACUCCUGCUUCGGGUAAGACAACCAUCGUGAAUCUACUAGCCAACAAGCUACUUGACUGUGAUCCAAAGACUCCUCUUUACGUCAUGUCUGGUUGGGAUGUAGAUAUGGUAACGAGAGCAAAGGGCUGGGCCGGUUAUCUCGAGCAGCGAACUGGUGUCCAUGGCCGCUCCUGGCUGACACAACGAGGGUAUCUCCUUAUCGAUGAGGCCCAACAAUCAUAUUGGGACGUCGCGCUAUGGGCGGAUUUGUUCAAAGCUGUUGACCCAUCAUCUCAACCUUACAUUGUACUGUUCAUGUCUUACGGCUCUCCAGAUAGGGGCUUUUCGGGUUUCGAGCGAAAACAUAUGGCGACGCCAAUGAUAUUCGGUGAGGGACAAGAAAUAUCACUUAGGCCCGAUAUCAAUAUCCAAUCACCCUGGAAACCUGUGGGUUUAUUAAUGGAGGGGAAUGAAGCCAUUCAAGUUAUUGAAAGAUGUGCGCCACAGGUGAUACCAAACUGCGGGCCUCUUCUGACGCCAGAUUUAAAGCAAGGCUUGUUCAAAAGCAGCAGUGGACAUGUAGGGCUCAUCAAAUCUCUGGUCCUAGCUCUGAGGUCCCUACCAGUACUCUCCAAAGAAGUGCGAAACCGCAGACCACUAGAAUGGCAAACAAUCAGCACAGCCUUUUUCAGUGACCCAAUGGGGUUUUUCCGAUGUCUUCGAAAUCUCCCAUUCUCUAGAGGUCUGCCGCCAGCACGGAUUCUUCAAAUACCUAAUGUCGCCGCUGUGCUUAAGGAAGCCAUUGCUUCUGAUGGGAUCCUUACAUCCAGCUUCGCGGGUACAACUAAGGAGGCACAAGAAGGUCUCGAACAUAUCUUAGCCAACGGAUGGCUUCAUGCAGAGAUUUGCGAUGGAGGAGAGCGAUACAUAUUCGCAAGUCAAAUUCACCGUUGGUAUUGCCAGUGUCUUUUCUCCGAGAAACGCCCUGAUAACCAACUUGAUCACGACACUCCUUUACAGCUAGCGCUCGACGUUAUCAGAGGAUUCCAGCCAUGUCAGCUAGCACAUGCGCCUCGUUCGUUAGCAGGUAGUUCCCGGCCACUGGAAGACCAGUAUCAGAAGGAGUUUUAUCGCUGUCUCUUCCCUUUACUGGAUGGGCAUGUUGUCGUGUCUCCCGAGUUCGUGGUUCAUUCGGAUACUAAAGGUGGAACAAUUGACUUCCUUAUUACCCAGAAGAAGUGGGGGUUGGAACUCCUCAGAGAACGUGACCGGCUUCAAGAGCACAUGGACAGGUUCAAGCCAAAUGGACAAUAUUCCACCCUAAUCGAAGAAGGCCGGAUGGACGACUAUAUAGUUCUCGACUUUACCACUACAAUGCCACGAAAACCCCAUCCAGAGUUCCAGAACCGUUUAUACCACAUUGUAUUAUCGGGAAAAUAUCGGGACGUCUCAGUGAUCAAUGGAUGGGAUCUUCGAGUAGUUGACGCCUUUGUCUUGAUGGAUAAUAGAAAUUAG